UUCUUUUGCACACCGGAAGUAUAUUAUCAAAACUGCAACUCUUUCAACCACCAUUCGUUGGUUCGCUAGUUCACUCUGUAGUGGCGGUAAGGAGCCCUUAUUCAACCUAUUAAAAAAUGUUCUCGUUGGCCAAAUCUCACCAGUACCUCGAGCUGAGCUACAAUCGCAUCUACGAAGUGUUUCAUUGGUUUCUGAAAAUUAGCCUGCUGCGCAUCUUUGACGAUGACUUUCUGGUGGCUCCCGUACCGACCACUUUGUUUCAGUUUCACGAAACGGAGCUGGUCAUUUCGCUCUGUAUCAUUCUGCUGCAUGCGUACAGCUACCGGAACGAUCUCGACACAAUCAUACUGAGCGUGUCGGCGUUUGUGUCCGCGUUCGAGCUGAUGCUCAAAAUCAACGGCAUGGUCUAUCGGCGCAAACAGAUCGCGGCGAUGCUCCGUACCGUGCUGAGCGAUCGCAGCUCUCUGAACGGUCCGAUCGAGGCUGCCAUCUGCGGGAAGUAUCAGCGCUUAGCAAGAAAGCUCUUGCUGGUCACAAUCCUGUCCUACCUGACGACGGGCGCAAUGCUGCUAAUCUAUCCCGUGGUGUCGGGUGGGCUCGCCGAUCGAACACUUCCACUGGGCUAUUCGAUACCGUUUGCUGACUACCGCAUCCAUCCCUGGUAUCUGAUCAACUAUCUGCUGCAGAUCGUGCAGGUGCAGUGGGUGGCGCUGGUGUUUGUGGGGCUGGAUGGUCCCUUCUAUCUGUUUGUGUGCUACUCGGCCUCCCAGCUGGAGAUAUUGAUUGUGUAUCUGCGCCAAAUUGGGGAAAGUCCCGAUAACGUGCAGGAGCAGCGGCGAUUGAUGCGGAAGGUGUUUGAAAUCCACACCGGACUUUCUCAAUUCGUUGCUCGAUGUUCCAGCAUCUACCGGGAGGUGUACCUGAUGCAGGUGCUCUGCUCGAUCGUCCACAUCUGUGUGUCGUUGUUUCACAUUCAGAUCAAGUUUAAAAAUGGUUCAUACGGCAUGCUGCUCACAAAUGUGAACAAAAUAUGGCUAUUCUGCUACUGCGGUGAGCUGGUCGUCAGUAAGGCGGCCGAGUUCAGUACCGGCGUGUACGCGAAUCAGUGGUACCGGCUGUGGAAUCGACGUGAUCUGCAGGACAUUCUGUUUAUGCUGCGGAACGCCCAGCGCAACUACGGCUUCAGCAUCGGCGGGUUUGGCUUUCUGUCCUUUGCCACCUUUACAGCGGUUAUGAAAACUGCCUACAGCUGUAACGCCUUCCUGCACCGGGUGAUGAACUGAAGGUACGGCAUUAACGACCGUCCAAAGGAUACAAUCAUUGCUUAACCACCUUAAGGAUUGGUACCGUAGCACCGGUAGAAAAGUUUCAAACUCAACCAGUGGCUUCGCGACACCUCACCCACCUCACCCACCUUCACGCAGCCGCACAAAAUAAAGUAAUUUGCAUAACACCGGUGCCGGAAAUUGUUUUGCCAACCGCUCACAAAAAGCUGUUUUCUCACCCGUUCCUUAAUUUGGAAGAACAAGCCGCCCGCACGCUCCUCCCCUCCCACAAAACAGUGGGUGGAAACAGACUUGAAGGUUGCUGAAGUUUUGAAAGAAGUGAUAAUGAGUUUUGUCUGUCGUUUUGGUGGCGAUAGUUCGUGUGGCCAAAGCCGCCUUCUGCCUUGUCGCCAUGCGCUUCAUCUUGACAGUGGGGCGUUAAAAUUCGUCACCAACCACUAAUCGCUCCCAGCUCUGACGUCACGACAUCCCGUCGUGGAUCUGUUUUGCUGAGUCGUUGUGUGUGUGUUUAUGUUUGUGCCUUUGCCCCUGCCUGGAGCUAUCGUUCGCUUCUUCUCUUUUCGUUUAUUAAUCGAUUUCGUAAUGUAAAGUACAGUCACCUAAACA